UAUUAACGGGGCUGCAUGUGAAUGUAUACAACUACAAGAUGAGCGUAAAAGCAGGGGAUGUCACUCUGUGAAUGCAAAAGUUUUAUUAAAACCGAACAAACUCUGUGAAUGCCCCUCCUUUUCCUACUACAAUGCUCUGCCUUAAGUUACUUUCUUUACUUGUUCCCACAUUUACCCCAUUUUCAUCUUUUACUUUUUUUUUCAUCUUUUUCUUGCUUUCUUUUGAUCUUCUACACCUACCUUCUUGUGGGCUUUUGAAAUCUUUAUCAAUCUUGAUUGCAUUUUGGCAUGUGGUUUCCUCUGUUUUCUUGUAAAAUGCAGGGUGACAAUAAUCUACUCAAAAUUAUCCAUUCUUGUGCAUUAUUUGUUUUUGCAUUAACAAAUAGAAACACAGCUGUCUGUUGUGUGUGCAUGCAUUGAGGUAAUUAGCUGUUUCUUUGGUUUUGGAGCUGUGUUUUGUGCACAUGUUGUGUUUGUAUGUGGACUGAAUUGGGGGGGUUGGGAGUAAUGAUGAUGGUUCCGGGCACCGAUGUGAUGCCACAAUGUGCCUCAUUCGAUGAUGGAUGCAAUAAGGAUGGUGGUGUGUAUUCUGUGGAAGUUGAUGAUUGCGAGGAAUUGAAGAGCUCGUGCCAAGGGAAGGCGGGGAAGCCUCCCAGAAAUGAUCUGCCUGUUAUGCGACAUUGUAUUAGCCAAGCUAUGUUGGCAGGCAAUUCUGAGUUGGAAAAUCCUGUUGAAAUGAAGUCACCGCCUGUUGAGCAAACUGAGUUUAUACCUGUACUUAGAUCGGGUAGCUGCUCUGAGAUUGGACCAAAGCCAUACAUGGAGGAUGAGUUCAUUUGUGUAGAUGAUCUUCAUGAGUGUCUUGGCGGAGCUUCAAACUUCCCUUCUCCUGGCGCUUUUUAUGGGGUUUUCGAUGGGCAUGGUGGAGUCGAUGCUGCAUCAUACACUAGCAAGAACAUCCUCAACUUGAUUGUAGGCGAUUCACAUUUUCCAGUAGGGGUGAAAGUUGCUGUUAGGAAUGCUUUUGUAAAGGCUGAUCAUGCAUUAGCAGAUAGUAAAUCCCUAGACCAAUCCUCAGGCACCACAGCGUUGACUGCCCUUGUACUGGGAAGGAACAUGCUGAUUGCUAAUGCCGGAGACUCAAGAGCUGUACUAGGUAAACGCGGAAGAGCAAUUGAACUGUCCAAGGACCAUAAACCUAACUGCACCUCGGAAAAACUAAGAAUAGAGAAGUUGGGGGGAGUCAUUUACGAUGGAUAUCUAAACGGACAACUAUCCGUUGCUCGUGCUCUUGGAGACUGGCACAUGAAAGGUCCUAAAGGUUCACCCUGUCCCUUAAGCUCUGAGCCAGAAAUAGAAGAGGUUGUCUUAACAAAGGAAGACGAGUUCUUGAUAAUUGGCUGUGAUGGUCUUUGGGAUGUAAUGAGCAGCCAGUAUGCUGUGACUGUUGUGAGAAAGGAGCUAAUGAUGCACAAUGAUCCUGAGAAAUGCUCAAGAGUGCUUGUCAAAGAGGCCCUAAAGCGCAACUCCUGUGAUAAUUUGACAGUCGUCGUCGUCUGUUUUUCAUCAGACCCACCACCAAAAAUCGAGGUUCCCAGAUCUCAAAGGCGGAGGAGUAUAUCUGCUGAGGGCCUGGAUCUUCUAAAGGGUUGCCUCGAGUUUUGACAGACAAUACAAGUACAGAGAUAUUUCCGAGUUCUGCAGUCUGUAAACAUGUAAUGUUGUUUUGGCCAUUCUGUAAAUUUUUAGUUCACUACUUGUCAUUGAAAUUUUUGAUCAUUACUUCUUUCUACUUUUGUUAAGAGAAAACUGUACAGAUUAUAGUUUUUGUACUAUAGCAUAUGAAAUAUUGGUUGA